AUGGGGGGGCCUGGUUCCUGUGUUGGAGCUGAGGAGGGGUCCUGGUGCAGCUGGGGUCCCCACACACCCGUCCUGACCUUCCUGUCCCUGUGGGGGGGGGUCCUGGUGCCUGUUUUGAGCCUGCGGGGUUCCUGGUGCAGCUGGGGGUCCCCACGCACCCAUGCUGACCUUCCUGUCCCCGUGGGGCCGCAGCCGGUGGAGCAGAAGUCGUCGGCGCAGCUGUUGGGCGCGUGGGGGCUGGAGGACGUGGACCACAUCUUCACCGAGGAGGAUUACCACACGCUCACCAACUACAAAGCCUUCAGCCAGUUCAUGAGGCCGCUGAUCGCCAAGAAGAACCCCAAGAUCCCCAUGUCCAAGAUGAUGACCAUCCUGGGCGCCAAGUGGCGCGAGUUCAGCGCCAACAACCCCUUCAAGGGCUCCGCCGCCGCCGUGGCCGCCGCCGCCGCCGCUGCCGCCGCCGCCGUGGCUGAGCAGGUGUCAGCCGCCGUCGCUGCCGUGGCUCCCGAGGCGCCGCCGCCUCCCCUGCGCAAAGCCAAGACCAAGGAGGGCAAAGGCCCCGGCCACAAGAAGCGCAGCAAGAGCCCGCGGGUGCCCGAGCUGAAGAGGAAGAUGAAGGGGAAGAAGAUGGCGCCGCUGAAGAUCAAGCUGGGCGUCAUUGGCGGCAAGCGCAAGAAGAGCAGCUCGAGCGAGGACGCCGGGGAGGCGGAGGAGGAGUCGGACGCCGAGAGCUCGAGCGUGCACAGCGCCUCCGCGCGCUCCGACCCCGCCGGCCGCAUCAAGAAGCUGAAGCGGGGCCGGCCGGGCCGCAAGAAGAAGAAGGUUCCCUGCACCGUCCUCAACCGAGAGCGCGGCCCUGCAGGGACGGCCGCCGUGCCAGGGCACG